AUGAAGUGUGCUGAUGAUAUGAAGACUUUUCAGGCUGCUGUUAUGGCAGAUCGCGUGUAUGAUUUUUUGGCUGGCCUUGAUGAUACUUAUGACAAGGUCCGUAGUGAUAUUCUACGGAGUGAUAAAGUUCCAAGUAUCGAAAAUUUAUUUUUUGUGGUUCGUCGAGAGGCUCAACGCCAGAUAACUAUGCUUAGAUCUGGCACCUAA